AUGGCUGCUGCAGUGGAGCAGUCCUCCGACUGGGCCAAUGAGCGCUCUGAUUUGCCGGUAGCUAAGCGCCACUGCUCAGAACCAGCUCGCGCCCAUCAAGGCUUCAACACGCACUCAAUCGAGACAUCUCUGUCGCCUCCGCCCUCAAUUCACCAUCAGAUCAAGUGCCCGUGGUGCGCCAAGGAUUUCGAAGCCCCCGCACACGGGGCCGCUUCAGAAUACGAUGUGCUCAAAGAGCAUCUGGCUGUCAUGCAUCCGCAGAUUGCCAACUUGUCAGCACAUGAUAUUCCUACCAAGGAUACUAAUGCAGAGACUACCAUGGACGACGAUGGUGAUGUGUUUCGCCAAGGAAGUGCCUUGGAUACAAGCCACAUCGCUACCGUUACAGCUCCUGCCACCAACGCUGACGCAACACCUGAAACGAAUGCGAUUGCUUCUGAUGCUGCCCUGAAGGCCGACUCCACAGGCGCUCUUCACAACAAGCUUCAGGACUGGAGACGCCAGCAGGCACAUGAAUAUAUCGAAAAUCGCCUGCUAGCAAACUGGAAGCUGCAUGACGCCCGUGAAUUCAAUCCAGAUUACGAUGACACUACCGCCGAGCUCGACCAAACCUGGUGUUAUGUCUUUGAUCAAUCAAAGACGACGGCUAGAAAGGCCAGCGUCGAUGUUCCUACUCGCCCGAACCCGUAUCUGAGCAGUACGACGGAGAAGGGAGAGUUUCUGAAACUGACCCCUGUAGAAGAUUUCCUUAAUUCGCUCAAGGACUUCGAGACAAUGUCCACGGAUGAGCUCCACGCUUCAGCUGCGAAUGUAGCUCAUGCCCUCAAAACUUGGCAAGAUGAAUGGUCGGCCAUUGAGGACAUGAACAAAGCAAUCAAACCUUCGAAGAAAACUGCCAACCCCCGGGCCUUGGACCCCCCUGAAGUAUUCCAAGACAAGAGGGAGGCGAUGUUAUAUGGCUACAAAUACGAUCCUACCAUACACGAUCCCAAAAAGCGGGAUCCGAAGAAGGGCUCCCUGUUCAAGUGUCCAGAUCCCUUUAUUCAGGGUGGCUUUAGACCGACUGCUGCUCAACUUCGCAAGAUGCAGGCCGACGUUGCCCCUAGCAAUCCUAAUCCCGAUGGAUUUAAAACUAUGAUGAAGCAUGGACAGGAAUAUAUUCCUAAGUUUCAAGACCCUCCAUUAACUCCUUUCGAGGGGAGAGGAGCGACAAGUCGCAAACGCAAGGUGCCUCACAGUGAGAUUGCAGCACUUCGACAGAUGAGUGGUCAUGAUAGCUCUACUCCAGCCCUCGAAUCAGACAUUGAUGGACAGCCUUUCAAGCGCCUUACCCGUUCUAUUGUUAGCAAAGCAGUCGAAACUCCCGAGACUAAAACGGCACCCCCAAGUCCAGGCCUGCGAGGUCGUGGUCGCGGUGCACGUGGAGGACGUGGUCGUGGCGGAACUCUGAAGGCGUCCUCGCGGACUGCACAGGUCCCUCUGGCAAAAGCCAUCGCCUCCAAAGCUGUCAAUGCGCCUCUCUCGGCGGAAACUGCCCCGUUGUUAUCCAACGGCGUUACGCCAUCUCCGCAACCCGAUGGGUUAGCCCCUGAUCGAGCGUCCGUCGAUGCUACUGGUGGAUCCGCUAGCAUUGCUCCUGUGCCAAAGCCGGCCCUUGCUCCUGCGACCCCUGGAGCACCCCCUGCCCUGGCGGCUCUGCCCCCAAACCUUGUCCAACCUGGUGAGGUGGUUGAUGCUUUAGAGUUGAAUCGGCGCAAGUUGCUUGCCAAAUCCAAGAAUCCGCGACGUACUCAGGCCAUGCUUGACCAUUGGAAGCGUUUCAAUAAAGAAGGACGGACUAGGAAUCCGAAGCGUACCAAGGCACAGAUUGAAGCCGACAGGCUGGCAGAUGCUGAACGCAAGUCCAAAGAACCUCAAAAGGCUCCUGCCACUAAGACUCGCAAGCGCAAAGCUACAAGUACUGAUACGGCCGAUGGCUCGGUCUCAAAGCAACCCAGAGCAGCAACCACUUCUAUGGCAGCCACUGUUUCUCUUCAGCCUGCUCCAAUCCAACCAGCUACGACCACAUCUACUUCAAUUGCAACGAUUGCGCCCACGCCAGCUGCAAUUGGCCUACCCAUAGCUCAUUUUCUUCCACCAUCUGCGCCAUCUAGGCCACGAUCUCCGCCGAGUUUCCUAGCUCCACAAAAUUCGGCUCCUGCUGCUGUCCCUCCUCGCCCUCUCCAACCAGUCCUGCCAGGAUUCGAUAGAAAUCCUGCCUCCUCCUGGACUGGUCCGCCACAUUUCUUUUCUUACCCCAAUUCGGCACCGUCUUAUCCUCGCUAUGGAGAAACACAAUUUUCACCUCCACCGGCCAAUCCCCCGCAUCGCCAUGAGGCUGGUCCUCCCGAGAUAAUGCAGCCACUUCCAACAUAUCCUUAUGAUGCGACCCGACCUCAAAUGCAGCUUCAAAAGGGAGCUCAGACGCAGCGGCCUUGA